UUUUCGCGCGUGCAGCUUAAUCCGUCUAGACCUCUAGUAAUAAUAUAUUUAAACGUCUUUUGGUGUGAACAAUCCCAAUGUCGCAGUCAUGGGUUUUUUUAAAAGCCAUUUUCUCAACAUUGACGAUCGAGGAAUCCAUCCUGUAUGUAGACAGGAAUGACUCUUUCGUGAAACCGGAUUGGAAACCACCGUUCGCUCCGUAUACAGUACAGUAGCGCUUCAUUGGCUUCGUGUUCGGUCCGGGCCUUCUGUAAUUCUUCCCACCACCCCAAAAUAUAUGCAUCUAGUCUAUUAGACGCUACACACAAGAGCUGUGGAUGGGGACGAACGAAUGGCAUCCAAAACCACGAUAUAGCCAUAGAAAAUAACCAUCUGGUAAAAGUGGAUGUCCUGCUGGGGUUACCAUUCUUGUAGUUGUACCCCAGUGGACUGAGUUUCUGUCGAAUGAGAAAGACAUCUUGCACCAUGGAUGGAUUCUGCCUACUUUAUCUGCUCAUGAUCCUCCUGAUGAGAUCUGGUGAUGUUGAAACCAUGCAACCCUGGACCAGACAGGAUUGUCAGUGAGGAGGAAUUCAUAAAGCUGUCAAAGCUAAUUGAACCAAGCUACUACAAAGAGGUGGGCGUUAACCUGGAAAUCCCCAAUGCAGAGCUUGGUCAAAUCAUUGUGCAGCAUUUGCUAAAUACCAGUGAUGCAUUGAUGACAGUGUUCACAAGAUGGAGAGACAAACACCCACCAGGCACAGACAUCAGGACUCUCCUUGCAGAGGGAUUAGAAAGAAGUAACUUAGGGUCCCUCUCUGGUGAACUACUUGCUGGCAGUCUAGUCCCGAACAGGACAGGUGCACCUGCUACAUUGCUAGGAUCGCAGACCCAACCACUUUCUCCUGAUCUGAUCAAGAGAUGUGCAGAUGAUUUCAAAUUUAAGUACCGACAACUCUCUGUAAGAUCAGAGCUGAUCCUCUCAACCCUGAUUCCAUUGUACCAUUCACAGACAUGUACACAAACCUUGUCCUGGAAGAGGGAUAUAGAGAUCACAAGCGACCACUUGAGUACAGGGAUCUCUUUGAUCUUAAAGUCAAUGGAGAGUUCCCCAAGCGAAUCAUGAUUCAGGGAGAGGCAGGGGCUGGGAAGACAACAUUCUGUGCUAAGAUUGCCUGGGACUGGAUAAAUAACAGUCCUGUUCUCCCAAAGUUUGUGUGGGUACUUGUCGUCCCUCUUCGUGAAGCCAAGCGAUACACGAUCGGUGAGAUUGCCAAGUCGUAUCUCUCAAAGGACAAUCCAGCAACAGCCUGCCAGAUCACUGAGUACAUCCGGUCAAAUCCAAAAGAUGUAUUCAUUGCGUUUGAUGGAUUAGAUGAGUUUGAUGGCCAGGUUGUACAGCAGAUGAAAGCUGGCUCAAAGGCAGAGUGUCUCCAGCCACAGUCCGCUGAUCAAACCCAGACAAGAGGAAGUUCUUCAGAGAGAGGUGACAUUGCACUUGGAGACAUUCUUAGUUCAGAUGAAAUUGCCACUUGCCCGGUGUUGGUGACAAGUCGCCCGUGGAAGGUCACAGAGAUUAGAUGGGAUGAUAGUCUGAGGAAACUGUACACUUUCAUUUAUGUGGAAGGUUUUAGCAAGAAGAAUGUGGAGAUUUACAUUCACAAGUACUUUGAAGAAGAUGUGGCCACAGCAGAUCAGCUUAUCCAAUUAACCAAAGACAAUGACAUCAUAUCUGAGAAUAUGGCCCCAUGUCCUAUCUACAUAGCUAUGCUUUGUCUUAUGUGGAAAGAACUUGGUGACGAAAAACAAGAAAAGUUUAAGUCAUUUCGAACCUUUUCUCAAAUAUUUGAUGAAAUGUUUGAAUUCUUGAAGGUGCAUUAUGCUCAGAAGGCGAUGUCAAAUUUAGGCAGCCCAUCAUUCCAAGCAGAUAUCUCUCAAAUCGAGAAGUUCAUGGAACCAGUUGCCAAAGUUGCUUUCAACGGGCUACAAAAGAACACCCUCAUUUUCAAAGAAGAUGAUUUUGAACAGUGCUCAGACUCCAUAGAAACAGCUUGCAGAGUGGGGGUGUUGUCUCAGGAGAAGAAAUUGUCAUCUAUAUAUGAUAAGAGCAGUCUGUUCCUGCAGUCUACCAUCUUCUUUCCACACAAACUCUUUCAGGAGUACAUGGCUGGGGUCCAUCUUGCUUCCCUGUAUGAAUCAGAUCACAAUGAAUUCAACAGGCUGAUUGAGCAAGUAGUGCUGCCUAGGAAAGAAGAGUUUAGGUAUCUCCUGUACUUCACUGUAUCACAGGACAAAACCAUUGCUAACCAUGUCAUGAAAUGCAUGGUACAGGGUAACACCCCAAACAGCAAAGAGAUGGAUUUCUUGGUUGAUGUUUCCUUUGAGAGUCAGGACCUAGAUACUGCAGCCUUGGUGACGGGUGGAAUGUCGUCUCUGUACAUAAACAGCAAAAUGAAAGCACACACUGUUGCAGGUUUUGCAUUCACUGGAAUACAUUUAGAUGUGAUCGGCCUUGAUGUGCGUGAUAGAGAAUUUGGACCAACUUUAUCACAUGAUUUGGUGGAUAUUAUAUGCUCUGCUCCAUCUUUAAAGAAUGUUGCACUAGAAACUGCAUCCUUACACAGUGACUUCUAUGCAGUUCUUGCUAAAGAAGGAAACAAGUCCAAGGUCCAAACUCUCAAGCUUGCAGUUGUCAUGCUUUUGGAUGCUAGGUCCCCAACAUUAGUCUCUUCAAAACACCUGGUAGAUGCUUUGUGUUCCAUGCCAAACCUGACUGACCUGGCACUAAGAGGAAAGAAUUUCAAGAAGGAGUUUUAUUCUUCACUGAGUGAAAAAGCGUCAACUUUACAGCUCGAAACCCUCGAGCUUGAUGGUGUUAAUUGUACAACGCCAGCCUCUUCACAGGACCUAGCAGAUGCUUUGUGUUCCAUGCCAAACCUGACUCUACUGACACUACGUGGAUGGGAUUUCCAGGAGGAGUUCUUUCGUACACUGAAUGGAAAGGUGUCAACCUUAAAGGUCAAAACUCUUGAGCUUCGUAGUGUUAGGUGUUCAACAUCAGCCUCUUUACACCUCUUAGUAGAAGCUUUAUGUUCCAUGCCAAACCUGACUGAACUGAAAAUAGGUGGAGAGGGUUUCGAGGAGGAUUUCUAUUCUAGACUGAAUGUUAAGGCAUCAACUUUACAGCUGAAGGCAAGGAUAUUGAGGGUAGAUCACGUGUCAGAUCAUCGAAAGCCCAAGGAUGAUGAGGAGUUGGAUGAUGCAACUAAGAAGCAGAGAGAAGAGGGAUGCGCUCCCAAGACAACUCCAACAUCCGUCAAGGAAGAUGAAGAGGAAUUAGUUCUACCAAUAAAAGGAAAUGAAAUUCCAGCAAAAAAGAAGAAGAAAUCAAAGAAAGAAAAGAAGGAGAAAAAAAAGAAGAGGGCACAUGAUAGCGACGACAGCGAGUCAACCCCAGUUGUCAAAAUCAAAAAGAAAGAACAGACAAAGCAGGAAGAUGAUAGGAGGAUAGCAGAUGGGUCUGCACGAAACGAAAGAGAAAAGAGCAGGAGGAGAUACGACGAUGACGAAGCUAGGAGUUCAUACAAUUCUACUAGAUACGAGGAUGACGAAACCAAAGUUAAGAGGAGAGGAGAUGAACAGAAGGAUCGGAAUGAUCGUUGGGAUAAGAAGCGAGAGGACAAACCAAGUAUGGGUGAAAGAGAAAGGGAAAGAGGAAGGAGGGAUUUGGAUGGAGAGAGGGAAAGUGAAAGAGGGAGAGAUAGAGAGGAACAGAGGAAUGAUAGAAGUUGCCAGAGGUGA